GAUUCUCUAAUGAUCUUGCUUCACCAUGGCAACCAAUAUGGAGGUGCUGGCUCAGCAGGUAGUGGAGACACAGCAGGUGGCUGAGGUGCAGACUGUUCAGACUUCAUUAUCUGAAUCUCCAGGGAUGACCAGCCCUUCCCAACGUAUCCAGAUUAUUUCCACAGAUUCCUCUGUAGCUUCACCACAGCGCAUUCAGAUUGUGACAGAUCAGCAAACAGGGCAAAAAAUACAAAUUGUGACAGCAGUGGAUUCAUCUGUAUCUCCAAAGCAACAGUUUAUUUUAGCUAGUCCAGAUGGAACUGGUGCAGGAAAGGUGAUACUGGCAGCUCCUGAGACAUCUAAUGCCAAGCAGCUUAUCUUUACCACCACAGACAACAUUGUGCCAGGCAGAAUUCAG